GGAGUUAUUUUUAAAUGUGUGUAGAUCUUACCGAUUAUUUCAUGUAUAAACCUUGACAUGGGAAACAUGUACAGAUGUAUAACCAUAUAGCUCGACUUGAACAUUAGUGAAAAGAUAUACACUUGAACUGCAAAAAUACCAAGUAUUUUACUGGCGGGCUCGAAUGAAAAGUCCAGAUAAGUAAGGAAUACUGUGAAUAUCCUUUAAACUUUAAUAACUAGGAAACUUACAGAUGACAAGUGACAUAGAAUGACAAAAAAUACUUUGUAUGUUGACACUGCUUUGUUGUCUGAGAGACAGGAUUUCGAAAUAAAUCAGCGAUCAGUUGUUCACAUAAAUAUACAACGUACAAUAAGCCAGAGUCGUUAUAAGAUAGUUCAAUCGUCUAAAAGGUAUUAAUACGAUCAGAACAUCAACGAGGAGACAACAUGGGGGAUAGGAAUAAAUCAGAAACUUCUGUGGAAAUUUAUCCAGGAGAUGACUCAAGUGAAAGAGAAAACCAAUCGGGAGAUGCUACUGAAGAUCAAACUAGCGACUUGGCAACAAACAUCUCGCAACAGACUACUACUAACCCGAUAGACUCCGAAGAUGAACAUAUUCAUUUGGUUAAAUGUUGGAAUGGCGAAACACAGGUCGACGAUUCUGUAAACCAGUCACAUGUCAAAGUAUAUUUAAAUAUAAAUGAUGAGUCUGAACCUGACAUGGUUAUGGACAUUGAAAAUCAACAAGAAAGAACACAAGAAUCAUGUUAUGCCGGAAGUAGAGGAAUUCAGUCAAAUGACAACGAAGUUUGUCAAGUAACCGAAACAUACAAAGAAAAUCAAAUGGAUCAUAAUAUUAAAACUGACAAAUCGUCAGACGAAUUGAAUUUUAUAUACCCAACAAUAGAAGUUUCAAUGUUAGAAGAUUCUCCAAUAAUGCAAAGAGCCCCGUCACACAUUACUAUUGCUAAAUGGACAAACACAAACACACAUUCAUUAGAAGUGAAACCAUUGGAUUUGGACUCGAUAAAUGAAGAGGUAGAUACAUUAUCUAGACAUAAUUCACAGACAACACUGGUGAGUAAUUUGGACGUUGAUGAUAUUGCUGAAAACGGCAUUAGGAUAGGAAACUCAACAUUUUACAUAAAUAUUGAAUCCAAUUCGGAAUCAAUACACAAGAUGGACAAAACCGAUUAUUUAUUUGGAAAAAUGAACGAUGAUGAGAUAGAAUCAAAAAGAGACCGAUUGUCUUGUGGCGUUCCCGAUGAUGAUACGGAUUCGAAAGAUUUACAGACAUCUUUACAAUCGCUAAAAAAGGAUGGGAGUGAGGCUGCUGGAAGUUGUAUGGAUUGUAUUAAACCAGUGCAAGUUAAAACCUGGAAGGAAAUCAACCAAGGCGACCAUAUUAUCCUUUCAAGGAGGUUUUAUGACCAUCAUGCAAUUGUAAUUAGAGUAAUUCCACCAGAGGAUGAUAACAGUCAGCAGAUUAGUUUGGAAUUGAUUCAUCAGACAAUAAGGGAUCGUAUACUUCAUACAGGAACACUAGCAAAAUUAAAAGAUACAACUGAAACUGUCAAUUUAAAAACGGACAUAGUAAUGAUUUGUAAAUAUUGGGGAAGUAUCAAAACGAGAUCUCCAAGACAAGUAGUUAAACGAGCAAUUGGGGCUUUACGUGGUGCCAAGGAGGAAUUUCGGUAUAACGUUUUUGAUAAUAAUUGCGAACAUUUUGCUUCUUGGUGCGUAACUGGAAGAAGACUCAGUAUUCAAAUAAGAAAAGUAAUAGUUGUUCGUAAAAUAUUGGUUCAGUUACACAAAGGAUUCCGUGGUCUAAGUGACGAACUGUUAAGAAACCAGGUCGAAUAUGAACAUGGUAUGCUUUGUAAAAUGUGCUUUGAGAGAAAUGAGAAGAUGCUUGGUGUAACAAGAAAGAAAGUUCUACAAAAGGACGACAUACAAAAAGGAGACAUAAUUUUGAGAAGAUAUUGGCAACUUCAACACUGUUCAGUGGUUCUUAAUGUUAUGAAACGUAAAGAAAAAUAUAUUAAGUGCGAGAUUGCCCACUAUGCAUUAAAGGGACCGUUCACACAGAACAAAAUACAAAGUGAUAUUUUGAAAAUUCCAUUUAAUGGAUCAGUUUCAGUGUUUGAUUACUCGAGUGGUGAGUUUCAAACUUAUGGUCCGGACGAAGUAGUCUGUCGAGCUAGGGAACGAAUAGGAGAGCAGAUGUUUGCAUAUUUUUCAAAUGACUCAAGCCAUUUUGCCCGCUGGUGUAAAUUAAAAUUGUUAAACUAAUGAAAAAUAAACACUUGGUUCUCUUUUGAAUUUUUAUACGAACACUAGAGCUUGAGACAACGAAUCGUUUGCUGAUUGAGGAUAAAUAAUCAAAAUAAUCCGAACGAUCCUAGAACUAGCUCUGGAGAUACAGUGUCACUUGUUUGACAUAUUUUUUUAUUUACAGCAGUUUUCUGUACCACAGUCAAACACCAUGCCUAAUGAUUA